CCGGCGUCAAAGUCAACCCGAGAUCGCAGAUGACGAAGUCCCCCGCCAAGGUUUGGCACUGCCACAAUGCCGUCUCCACCUGCCUGCGUGAGACAUUUUGCAGAAAUGCUGACUGGAUCCGCACGAAUUCCAAUUUCACAGCAAAUUCAAAUCAGACCAACCAGACCAACGGUUCUUCCCAGGCUGUGCAACCCGCGAUGUUCCCAACUUCCCGGGUUGGUGUUGUGGCGCAUCCGCUGCCCAUGCCGACUGACCAUGUCAGUGCUGCGAUCGAUCUCUCCACUCCUGACUAUGCACCAGCCUCACGUCCUCUGGCGAUCGACACGUGCGGCAUCGGCCCACAGACGGACGAUGCCAUGCCCAAUCUACGACAGAGUAUUACGGAGUAGUUAUUACUGAGUGACUUCCAAGGGACUGGCUACCAGAGGGACCGUUACAGCAAAGUCCUCGUCAAGCGGUUCAAGAGGUAUAAACAUAUAUCAACAAAUUCAAUCCACAAAUACCCGACUCGAGUGGCUAGCACUCGACGAGAUCAUCCGCAUCUCUAGUAGUCAUGCAUUCCAAACAGAACGCAAUCAGAUAAACAGACAAAACAUUCCCCCCACUCUAUAACGAAUCGGAAAAAGAUCUCCGUUCAUGCCGGGCCACCGCCGAGUCCUGGCCCAUCGUUAGUACGAUCCAUCAAUCCAUCACAGGAGCCAGGGGAAGGGUAGAACGUACCUGCAGCGAAAGCCAAAUACCAUGUUCGAGUCGCUCCCCCGUCAAUCGCGCCGUAAUCGAAGUUGGGGUCGGCAAAGAACUUCCAAGACGCCGC